GUCAUACCAGGGUAUAUAUACACAGGUGGUAGGAAAAGUCGUCACUUCUCAGUCACUCUUCCCACACAGGUGAGAAGAUGAAGUUGGCGUUGGUUGGACUUGUCUGUGUUCUGGCGUUGACUGCUGGUCAACAGCCUCCCCCUUCACCAUACCCAGAUGCACCGUCUGGGGUGCCCUACGAUGCCCAAGCCGCACAAUCUGGAGCGCCCUACGAUCCCCAAGCCGCACUAUCUGGAGCGCCCUAUGACCCCCAAGCUGCACAGUCUGGAGCGCCCUACGAUCCCCAAGCCGCACUAUCUGGAGCACCCUAUAACCCCCAAGCCGCACAGUCUGGAGCACCCUACGAUCCCCAAGCCGCACUAUCUGGAGCACCAUAUAACCCCCAAGCCGCACAGUCUGGAUUACCCUACGAUCCCCAAGCCGCACAGUUUGGAGCACCAUAUAACCCCCAAGCCGCACAGUCUGGAGCACCCUACGAUCCCCAAGCCGCACUAUCUGGAGCACCCUAUAACCCCCAAGCCGCACAGUCUGGAGCACCCUAUAACCCCCAAGCCGCACAGUCUGGAGCACCCUACGAUCCCCAAGCCGCACAGUCUGGAGCGCCCUUUAACCCCCAAGCCACACAGUCUGGAGCACCCUACGAUCCCCAAGCCGCACAGUCUGGAGCACCCUAUAACCCCCAAGCCGCACAGUCUGGAGCACCCUACGAUCCCCAAGCCGCACAGUCUGGAGCAACCUACGAUCCCCAAGCCGCACUAUCUGGAGCACCCUACGAUCCUCAAGCCGCACAGUCUGGAGCACCCUACGAUCCCCAAGCCGCACAGUCUGGAGCAACCUACGAUCCCCAAGCCGCACUAUCUGGAGCACCCUACGAUCCUCAAGCCGCACAGUCUGGAGCGCCCUACAAUCCCCAGGCUCCUCUGUCUGGAGGUGGUCCAUUGGAUGUCAUCAACAACAUGGGCGCCCCUCCGCCUGGAAUGCCCAGCUCCUAUCCGGAUCAAUAUUCUACGUCAGGUUCUAGUACUAACACUGUUAAUCAUUACCCCGCAGGUCCAAACAACCCCCUCCCCCUUUCAUAUUCUACAAACUCAAAUGGCCCUCGUCCCGUUACAUACCCAGCUGCAGGUCCAAAUGCCCCCCUUCCCAGUCAAUACUUUUCAGGACAAAAUGAUCUAAUGACUCCUUACUACUCCAGCCAAAAGACAGGCUCUUCUUCUGGAACCUACCCCAUUCAACAUAACGGGUCCCCGCCAAACCCGUAUUCUGGAACACCAAGCAGUCCUAUGCCUAAUUCCUUCAACCAGUUAAAUAAUUUUGCUUCUAACCCCCAAGCAGCCCAACAGAGCGGACCAUACUCAGGUCCUGCACUUAACACUUACUCUUCAACACAGAACCAACCCACAUCUAAUCAAAGUCCACAGAACCACCUUAUGCUGAGCUCACAGAUUGGUCAAACCACUAACCCAUUCUCACAUCACCAGAACAGUCUUGGAACCAACCCUACGUCUGGCACACAGAAUGGACCUAUAAUGAACACUAUGUAUAAUGCAAUGUCAGGCAUACAGAACAGUUCAGCAACCAAUCCCAUGACAGGAAAAAACAGUUCCCCAGUAAACCCUUACUCUUCACAACAGAAUAUGCUCAUGUCAGGUGCACAGAACAGUUCAGCAACUAGCCCCUUCUCAAGUCAGCAACGUAGUCACCCUUACCCUGGAAUUGCUAACAUGAGAGCUACUGGAAGUGCCUAUCCUGGUCUCAAUCAUGGGACUUCAAUGCAGAACAGUAAUCCAAUGUUCAGUGGAAUGAACAUGGCCUCCUCCGGCCCCUACUCUAGUGCUAUGCCCUCCCCUUACAGUGCCCGUCCAGCAGGGAUGCAACCAAUCACAGGCAUGCCAUCUGGACCCCUCUCUGCUAUGCUUUCAGGCUUGGGAGGAAGCCCAAUGUCCGGGAUGGGUUCAGGGUAUUCUGGAAUGGGUUCACAUAUGGGAGGCAUGGGAUCAUCGAUGGGAGGAAUGGGUUCAUCGAUGGGAGGAAUGGGUUCAAGAAUGAUGUCAGGGCCUGGCUCCAGAAUGUAUCCCAGAUCAGGAGUGAGUUCAGCCAGCCAACAGAAGUCCAGCAGCCAACAGAACCAGUUUGCUUCCUUUCUUCCAUUCUUACUUCGUGGUGCCACCCCAGAGACAAGGAAGAUGAUGAUGAUGAUGUCUAUGAUGCAAGGAGGGGGUGGCAACAACAAUAUGAUGAACAUGAUGCCGCUGCUGUUAAUGAACGGAGGAGGGGGAGGAGAGGGCAUGAACCCCUUGAUGAUGAUGGCCAUGUCCCAAGGAGGAGGAGGAGCAUCCAAAAUGAUGCCACUCAUGAUGAUGGCGAUGUCUGGUGGAGAGAUGAACAUGAACUCCAUGCUCCCUUACAUGAUGGCCAGCCAGAUGAAUUCCGGGGGUCAGGCACAAGGGGGAUCAUGGGGUGGUAAUCAGGGAAUGGCCUCAAUGCUACCGUUCCUCUUGUAGCCUCCCUUAAAUCUGUCACCAGGGGCACUUACACCUACCUGUAAAUUGCAGAUGUCCUGUCCCCAUCAACCAGCAAUGUGUAUAACACCCAGUGUCAUAUCACAUCCCCUGUGUCUUGAUAUCACAUUCCCUGUGUCAUGAUACCACAUUCCCUGUCUUGAUAUCACAUUCCCUGUCUUGGUAUCACACCGUUUUAUGUCAUAUGUGCUUACUGCCAUGUAUACCUUCUUGUAAAUACACUGUUGUAUUUCCGGUGAACAAUUUGAUGUCUUUGUUGAACGCGACUAAAUGAUAAAUCGUCAAACUCAUAUUAGUGAACAAGGCACUCUCGUGUCAUAGUCUAUACCACUACACGUUGUACCAUGUGGCACACUUGGAUGAUAAGGCGUACCUUUGCCAAAAUGUACCAUGUAAGAAAAUAUUGAUAAAAAUAAUGUGUCAAUAUCAUUUGUUUUGUUUCUAUAUCAACAUCCUUAAAAGCAAAUUAUCUAUCGAAGCUUAUCACAGAA